CUGCACUACGGGACCCUCCUGGGCAGCAGAGCUUGUGUCCACAUGGCAGCAGCUGCCUGGGGCACUGGGUUUCUCUAUGCUGUGCUGCACACGGCCAAUAUAUUUUCUAUACCACUCUGCCAUGGUAAUACUGUAGAACAGUUCUUCUGUGAAAUCCCCCAGAUCCUCAAGCUCUCCUGCUCAGACACCUACCUCAGAGAAGUUGGGCUUCUUAUAUUAAGCUGUUUUUUAGGUUUUGGCUGUUUUGUUUUCAUUGUGCUGUCCUAUGUGCAGAUCUUCAGGGCUGUGCUGAGGAUCCCCUCUGAGCAGGGACGGCACAAAGCCUUUUCCACGUGCCUCCCUCACCUGGCCGUGGUCUCCCUCCUUGUCAGCACAGGCAUAUUUUCCUACCUGAAACCCCCUUCCAUCUCUUCCCCAUCCCUGGACCUGGUGGUGGCAGUUCUGUACUCAGUGGUGCCUCCA